GUUAUCAUCUCCGAGAGAAUGUUUAUUUACGUUUUGAUAAAUUUUUUGGUGCAUAAAGAAAUUUAGACAAAAUCUGUUUACAAUGACCAAAACAAGCCAUAAAAAGAAUCGUCCUUUUGAUUUUAAACUUAUUUCUUUGGUGGAACCACAUCCAGUCAUUUAUAUGAGACAGAUACCGGGUAUGUCAAUGUUUGAAAUGAUGAAGACAAAAAACAAAAUUUGGCAAGAAAUUGCUGCACAAAUGGGCUUCCCGGUACAAUUUUGCCUAAGCCGCUGGAAUAACUUAAGAGGACAAUUUCAAAAGGAGCUAAAACAUUGCAACGAGCUGUGUCCCAAAAGCGGCGUCAUUCGUGGUUCAACUUGGCCUUACUUGGAUAGAUUAAGAUUUCUGGAGUGUACCGUGCAAGCCUAUAAGCCCAAAAAAGAGAGGAUUCCUAAAAAGAAACAAAAGGAACCUCAAGAUGUGCCCGAGGAAUCGGAUGAUAUAUGGGAAUCAGAUGAUACUGAUACCAAAUUUCACGAUGAAAUAGGCAGCGAUUUUCAUAUAGAAUUAGCUACUACAAGCGGACAAGAAGAGCAGAUCGUACAACAUGACCUGGAAGAGCAUUUCUCGGAUACCUACUCGAUAAUUGAAGAAAUUGCCGAAGAGGUGGUAGGCACCGAAGACACCAUUAUUGAGGACACAACCGACACCCUGCGUAGAAUUGAAACUCUUUUUGAGGGUUUUGAAGGUGAAACACGAGUUCGCAUUGAGAAGCGAAUUAUGGCAUUCCUAUGCAAAUGCCAGUUACGAGCUCUCAAUCAGCAGGGCGUUGAGGAUUUGUAUGUUUAGGCAGUAUUAUUGUAACUUUUAAUAUACUAGUAACAAAUUUAGUUAGUACGACGGAGUAGAGUAAACAAAAAACAAACCAGAUAUUACGAAUUAUAGCACUACAAUGCAAAACAGUCAUUGUCCAUAAAUAUAAUGUAACAAAACAAGGAUAAGUAAUAUUUUCUUAUAUAGUAUAUGGCAAUGCUUUAUAAUUAACUUUUAAAUUAUUUUGAUUUGAAAAAGAGUAACUGCGAAAAUAUAUAUAUAUUUUUUUU